UCUCAGCCGUCCCUUUUCCACCCUUCCCCAGUUUCAAAACCCCCAAAACUCAAAUCUUCGCAGUUUUUGUGACAACUCAGAAAUGCUCAGACCUCAAAACCAAGCUAGACGAAGAAGAAGAACACCACAACCACCACCAACCCACCCAGAAAUUCAAGUAUAGCACUCCGCCCGCUUCGCGUUUUGUUUCUCAAUUCGGCUUUCAGAUUUUGUGGAAAUCAGGAUGAUGAGGGAUUUCAAGUUCCUGCGAUCGAAUUCGGGGAGAAAAGAGGAGGCGGAGAACGUGCCGGUGAACCCUAAGGACUUAACCGCAACGGGCCGGACCAGCUCGGAGUCGUCGGCGCGAGCUCCCUUUAACCCGAUCCAAGAUCCGGAUCAGAAUCCCAAGCCGGAGCAGGAGUCGGCGAUUCGGAGUAAGGUUGUUGAGAAGACGCCGACUAAAGCUGCUUCCAAGGCCAGGGUUUCCGAUCUCCGGACACCGGAGAGGCACGGCGCGGCGGUUUCGGCACGGAAGCGGUUCGGGUGGGCCCAGAGGACCGAUUCGGAUGAGGAUGCGGUGAGUGGCUCUGCUCAAGUGAGUAGAGGAGGUGGAAAUGUGAGUUGGACUCCGAGGAUAGGGAGGACGAUUGGGAAGGGCGGUUCGGAGAGUAAUUCGACGCAUACUACGCCGACGAAGAGCGUUUCGAAGCCUCCGACGACUGGGAUUCGGAGUAAGGUGGAUGGAAGUGUUGGCAGUAGAGGUGGGAAUGUUGCUGCAUUGUACAAAGGGAUUCCCAUUUCGAGUGGUCCUUGUGCUACGGUGGUGAACUCGGUCCAAGUGCCUCACUUUGACCUCAAGGAGGACUCGUCGUUUUGGAUGGAGCACAAUGUACAGGUACUUAUACGUGUGCGUCCUCUGAAUAGUAUGGAGCGAAGUACACAUGGUUACAACAGGUGUUUGAGGCAGGAAAAUGCUCAGACAAUUACUUGGAUUGGGCAACCAGAAUCUCGAUUCACAUUUGAUCAUGUAGCAUGUGAAACAGUUGAUCAGGAUAUGCUUUUCAGGAGGGCUGGUCUACCCAUGGUAGAAAAUUGCUUGUCGGGGUAUAACAGCUGUAUGUUUGCCUAUGGUCAGACAGGAAGUGGGAAGACAUAUACAAUGCUUGGGGAGAUUGACGAUUUAGAAGACAAGCCCAGUCCGCAUCGUGGAAUGACACCGCGCAUCUUUGAGUUCUUAUUUGCAAGGAUUCAAGUGGAAGAGGAAACUCGGAAGGAUGAGAAACUAAAAUACAACUGCAAGUGCUCUUUCCUAGAAAUUUACAACGAACAAAUUACUGAUCUACUUGAUCCCUCUUCUUCCAAUUUGCUUCUGCGGGAGGAUGUGACAAAGGGUGUUUACGUUGAAAAUCUCUCUGAAUUUGAAGUUCAUACCGUUAGUGAUAUUUUGAGGCUACUAAUCCAGGGUUCUUCAAAUCGAAAAGUUGCUGCGACAAACAUGAACAGAGAAAGUAGUCGCUCACACAGUGUUUUUACUUGUGUAAUUGAGAGCACAUGGGAAAAGGAUUCAACGACUAACUUCCGCUUUGCUAGAUUAAAUCUUGUUGAUUUGGCUGGUUCAGAAAGGCAGAAGACUUCUGGUGCUGAGGGUGAGCGGUUGAAGGAAGCAGCUAACAUUAAUAAAUCACUAUCCACACUUGGUCAUGUCAUCAUGGUUCUAGUGGAUGUGGCACAUGGGAAGAUAAAACAUAUACCUUACAGAGACUCUAGGCUAACCUUUCUUUUACAGGAUUCACUCGGUGGUAAUUCAAAAACAAUGAUCAUUUCAAAUGUCAGCCCUUCUGUCGGAUCUGCAGCUGAAACGAUGAACACGCUUAAAUUUGCUCAGCGAGCAAAACUUAUUCAAAACAAUGCUGUGGUGAAUGAAGAUUCUACAGGAGAUUGCAUUGCUCUACAACACCAAAUACGACUUCUGAAGGAGGAACUCUACAUUCUUAAGCAUCACCAUGUCUCCCGGUCGUUGUCAUUUGGUUCCAUUGAUAGUCAAGUACAGAAAUUUGAUUCUAUAGGAAACAUUUGUGACAUGGACCUACAAUCUGGGGAUGAUUUUCAUGAGAAUGAAGCGAAAGGAAUUGUGAGAUUAUCCACCAAACAGUUAAAGUCUCUGGAAAAAACACUUGCUGGUGCUCUUCGCCGGGAGAAAAUGGCAGAAACCACAAUCAAGCAACUUGAAGCUGAAAAAGAGCACUUGAACCUUUUGGUUUGUCAAAGAGAGGAAGACACCAGAUCCACUAAAAUGAUGCUUAGGUUUCGGGAGGACAAAAUUAAAAAGAUGGAGGCACUACUUAGUGGUUCUAUCCCCCCCAAGGCUUAUUUACUCAAUGAGAACAGAGCGCUCUGUGAAGAGAUUCAGCUACUUCAGGCUAAACUUGAUAAGAAUCCUGAAGUCACUCGGUUUGCAUAUGAGAAUAUAAGGCUUCUGAACCAACUUAGAAGGUUAGAAGAAUAUUAUGAAGAAGGAGAAAGAGACCUACUGUUGGAUGAAUUAUCAAAACUGCGAGAUCAGCUGCUUCAAUUUCUUGAUGGACCCUCAAAGCAGCAGAGCAAUCCAAAUAUUAGUACGGAACCUCAGGAAGCCAUGUGCACGGACAAAGAAAAUGAUCCCCUCAGUCUGAAGUUAAAAGACACAUGUGAAGAGCUAGAAGAAUGCAGGCGCAGCUUAAAUGCUUGUUUGGAAGAUAAUGCAAAACUCAGUAGAGAAAUUGAUGAUCUGCACAUAAUGUUGAACACUCUUAGAUCUACACCCAUUGAUCAAGAUGGUGAUGCGGGUACAAAGGUGCACAAUGCUAUUCACAUAAAGGAGAUAGAAAGGGUACAUGCAGAAGAAGUUUUGAGUUUGCAGCUUGAAUUGGACAUAGUAAAUAUCAUUUUAAAAGAAGAGAGGACUUCUCAAGAUGAAAGAGUAUUUUUCUUAAAUAGAGAUCUUCAGCUAGCAAUUGAAGAACUCUCGAGAAAAAACAAAGAACAUGAUGAUGCAAACGUUGAACUGCAGGAGGCUAACUGCAUCAUUGCAGCUCUUGAGAGUCAGCAAAUCAUGUCAAACAAUGGGAUGGAGGAUUUGAGGAAUAGUAACAGUCGUUAUAUACAGCUUUUGAGUAAACAGGAGCUUGAACUAAGGGCUCUACGGGAGCAACUUACAUCUAAGGAGUUUAAAGACUUAUCACCUUUGAGCUGUUCAAACAUUCACGACUUUCCGUUACAGGAAAAAUUGAAGCGAAUGCAAGAAUCCCUUGAAGUGGCUAAAAGAAUGAAUAUGUUGUACCAAAGUGAUCGUGCAUUUCAAGUGUCUAAUGAGGAAGAAGUGGAGGAAGUCCGCAGGCAGGCUGAGGCUGAAACUGCUGAGGUGAUUGUGUGUAUGCAGGAAGAACUUAGCAUUCUUCAACAGCAGGUCCAAGAUAGCCACUUAAAAGAACUGGAGGUGAACAAAAAUGUACAGCUUCUGGAGAAUGAACUGAGAAUGGUGCAAGCGAAACUGCACAACUUGAAUCUAGACAAUGAAAGGUUAAGUAAAGAGAUUGAGGAGAAAAAUGGAGAACUAAGAACAUUAUCAGAAGAAUGGUCAUUAUUGUCCAGUGAUAUUGAAGUAGUUCUUUCUGGUGGACAUGAGGUGCUUGUUGAUGCUUCUGAUGAGCUUGACCUAAUAUCCGACUCAUGUUCAGAGAAAAGAAUUCGGAUUUCUGAACAAGUUGGCAGGGUUGUAGGGAUUGCCUUGGAAAAGGAAACUUUGAUCGAUGAACUGAGAAAUUGUUUAGAGGAUGCAAAUAAUAAGAGAAGUGAUGUUGAGUGCAUGCUGAAGUCUUUGAAAGGAGCGACACUUGCUAUCACUGAAGCACACCAGCAGGAGUGUAGUGAAAAAGAAACAGAAAUGCUCCUUUUGACAUCUCAGUUGAAAACAGAGACAUCUACUGUGGAGAAGCUGGAAAAUAGAGUGAAGUUGCUUGAAGAUCAGAUUAAUAAAACUUCGGUCUGUGCAACAGUUGCCUUUGUUGUUGUGAAUAACUUAGCAGAGAUGAAUCAUAAUAAUCUUGAUGCAUUAGAGUGUAAUCGUAUACGGCUUAAAGAAUCAGAUGAGUCGAUCUCAAAGAAGGUUUCCCUUCUCUGUGAUCAGGCCACUGUAAUAGCAGAAGCUGAGAAUAGAAUCCAGUCUCAAACUGAGGAGCUUGCUGAGUGCAAGAGAACUUGUGAUAAUCUAAGGAAGGAGCUUUUUGAGGAGCAGGAACGUGCUUGCAGCAUGGAACAUAAACUUGAAGAUAUUGAAGAAGAAAACAUUUUGAAGACAAAAGAGAAAUUGGCUGAGCUCAAAACUGGUGUAACCACGCUCAGGUCAUGUAUGAACCCACAUCCGGAGCAUCACACAGUCAGUAUAAAGAAUUCAGAAGUACUUAUGAAUGCUGAAGGAGACAGCGGAGGACAAAGAGCUACAUGUACUGUGCAAGACAACAAUGGAAGUAAACAGUUUGUCAAAGACCCGAGUGCUAAUAUUUCUGACAUUUCUCUUCAUGCGGAGAGGAGUAUUUGCUACAAACCAUGCACAACUCAUGAAUAUAUGAAGCCUUCCAAGGAUGUGUGUGGUAGAGAUGUUACCAUUAUACUUCUGAGAAAGGAAAUAGAAGAUGCCCUUGAUAGCUUAAAACAGGUGCAGGCUGAGCUGGACAAUUUGCGUGAAGAGAACAAAAUGAUGUGCAAGUCUGAGAAACAGUGUCGGGAUAGCAUGAAAGUUAUUGGCUUGCAGGUUCUUAAUCUGCAGUCAACCUUAAACGAAGUAGAAAUGCAAUCCACUGUGAAGUUGGAAGCUCUCAAUCAUAGACUACAGGCAUUCGAACAAAUUGUGCGGGUAUCUGGCUCUCAUUGGUGUCAAACAAAAGAAUUGAUUGAAUUAGUAGAUGACGCAAAGUUGAUUGCGGCCCAGAAAUCUGCUGAAGUUUUUUGCAUUCUUGCCAAGUUUGAAGAGGCUCAGCAUACUAUGAAGGAAGCAGAUGUAAUGAUCAAUCAACUGAAGGUAUCUAAUGAAAAGAUGAAGCUUGAAAUAGAGAGGCUGAAAAAUGUGGAAGCCUCAUUGAAUAGUGAUAGGGAUGCAUUACUGGAUGAUGUCCGAAGUUUGCAAUCAAUCAACGAUCUGAGCAGUGGGAAAUUGGCACAAGUUGAGGAGUUGCUUGCUUCAGAGUUAAUCAAAAUGAGAGUUUUAAUUGAAGAGUUGGAGAAUAUGCUUGCAGGAAUCCAGGCUGCUUACAAGGAAAACUUCAUGCUUGUAUCCUCUGAUCUCUGCAGCAUGAAGUCCUUGCUUGCAGAUUCCUCAAAGUUUGUUCAUUCAUUGCUUGAGGACGUCUGGUCUGACAUAAUUGUGAAGGAUUGUACUGUGUCAGUGCUACACCUCUGUUACAUGGGAACUUUUCUGGAAACAGUGACUAGGCUGAAUGUGGAGAAUGGUCUGCUUCAACGUGGGCUGUGUGAAUCUAAUAUUUUUGUAGCUGAUCUGAGGCGACACAAUAAUAGGUCAAAAAUAGAGCUUGAGAUGUUCCAGACUCUGAAGGGAAAAUUACUGGCUGACAUUAAGACCAGUUUUGACCAGGGAAAAUUACUGGCUGACAUUAAGACCAGUUUUGACCGCAUCUCUAGUAAAGAAGAGGAAGCUGGGAAGCUUAAUAUGAAGGUGACCACUUUUGGGAAACAUCUAUCAGAACUACAGAUUCAAGAGGAGUUGAUGCUGCAAAGGUCCAAUGAUCUGGGAUUCCAGCUUAAUAUUUUACUGAAGGAUUUAGACCUAAGUAACUCACAUUUUGGCACAUCGCUUCUAGAGCAAGAGAAAUUGCUCAAAGAUAAAGAGGAGGUACUUGAAUCUCAAGCUGAGAAUCUAAUGAUGGAGUGGUGUGCUAAGGACAUUGAGUCACUUGUCUUGGCAUCGGAAUUAGAAGAGAUGUCCAUUCGCAAAGCUGACAUGGAGAGAGAGAACAUAGUUAGUUCUGUGAUGCUGGAAGAUUUUAAGAAAGAAGUGAUUCUUUUGAAUGUUGAUUCAAUUUUAAAAGAACAUUACUUAUUGGAUGAAGAGGUUGAGGUUGCUUUUUUUCAAAAGAAAGUAGAAAAGGAGAGGGAGGACCUGCUGUUACAGCUGGACCAAAGCAAUUUAAUUAUUGCACGUCUAGAUAAGGCAAACAAGGCUCUUGAACAGGACAUUCAGUUGUUGAAUGAUGUUGGUCGUUCGAAUGAUACUUUGAAAGCCGAACUUGGUGAAGUUAAGAAAACAGAGGUGAGGUUGUUGAACCAGGUUCACGUACUUGAAGCUGAAUAUCAAAAGCUAAAAGGAGAUUUGAACGUCAAGGAAAGGAGUUUAGAAGUAUUAUCCAGUCAGACUUCUGCCCUUGAUAAAAAGAACCAAAGCUUGCAAGAUGAUAUUCACACGUUACACACCUCAUCACAUGGACUUCAAGAUGCAUUAAAGAAGAAAGAUGCUGAGCUGAGCAGAAUGAACUGUUUGAAGAUGGCAAAUGACACGCUGAAAGUUGAGAUUAGGAAGUCUGAGAGAGAGAUUGAUACACUAAAGCAAGAAAAUGUUCUCUUCCGAGAACAACUUAGAUCUCUCAAGAAUAGUAGGGAGGAAGUCCUGACCAUAUGGAGUGCGACAGUUCAGAGUUGUGUAGAUUCUAUGAAAACAGCUGAUUCGCUUGGUGAAAGAUUGCACAAUAUUAUAAAGGAAGAUGGCGCCAUGAUUUUGGAAAAAAUGUCUGAUGAAAUAUAUGAUACUGUAGACAGAGUCAUAGAGCAGUUUGAUUGCUGGGAGUGCCAUACUGAGGAGCUGGUGUCAGAAAAUCUGUCUCUUCAGGCUGAGUUACAGAGGAAGGAUGAAGUUCUUAAAGGUUUGUUAUUCGAUCUCAGCUUGUUGCAGGAAUCUGCAUCUAAAAAUAAAGAUCAUCAAGAUGAAAUUAAGGACGUAGUAGCUUCUUUGGAAGCUUUAGAGGAUGAGCUUUCUGUAAAAUCGUGUGAGCUUGAUGAGGCCAAUUCUAAUAUCCAAAUGCUUGAAACUCAAUUGCAGGAGAAGACAGACUUAAUCUCUCGUCUUGAGUUAUGUCUAUUACAAGAGCAUGAGUCUGUGAAUAUCCUGUCCAGUGAAACUGUGGAGUUAAGAGCUCGUAUUGAAGGUCUCUUAGAUGCACAUAGGUCUGUUGAGAAGGAAUUGACAAAGAAGAAGAAGAUAAUUGAGAGCUUAAAAUUGGAAGUCCUAGAAAUGAGUAAUACUCUUGGGCAUAUGAAUGAUUCCAAUGAAUCCCUGAGGAGCAAUCUGAAUGAACUUGCUAGUGAGAGGGAUCUUCUCCAAAUCGAGAUGCUAAAUUUGAAAGAGAACCUGGAAACAGAACAGGCACGUGCAGAUGAAUUUGAAGUGAUUGCAAAUGAAACUCAACAGAUAGCCGAGAUAAGAAAGACCUACAUUGACGACAAAGAGGCAGAGGUAAAGCUCUUGGAGCAGUCUAUAGAGGAGCUCGAGCAUACUGUCAACGUGCUAGAAAAUAAGGUUGAUAUUGUCAAGGAGGAGGCUGAACGACAACGGUUGCAUGGAGAAGAGCUUGAAUCUGAACUUCAUGCUGUAAAACAUCAGAUGCUGAAUGUUGAAAAUGCUAAUGCUGACAUGAGCAGACAUUUAGACGAGAAGGAGAAUAGCAUUCAAGAAGUCCAACGGAACGUACAAGUUCUCAAGAGGGAUAUAGCUGAGAAGGAUGCAGAGAUUGCCAAAAAUAAAGAGCAUAUCUCUGAGUUAAAUUUGCACGCAGAAGCACAGGCUUGUGAAUACAAGCACAAGUUCAAGGCAUUGGAAUUGAUGGCUGAAAAAGUCAGACCUGAAGGCCAGUCCACUCAUGCCCCAAAUUCUGCACCAAACAAGACAGAGAAAUUUGCCACAAAGCCUAGAGGCUCUGGUUCCCCAUUUAAAUGUAUUGGAUUGGGCUUGGGACAGCAAAUAAAAUCUGAGAAGGAUGAGGAACUUAUGUCUGCAAGGACCCACAUUGAAGAGCUGGAAUCCUUAGCAUUAUGUCGACAGAAAGAGAUAUUUAGUUUAAAUGCCAGAUUAGCUUCUACUGAAAGCAUGACACAUGACGUGAUUCGAGAUUUACUGGGAGUCAAGAUGGAUAUGACCACUUACGCGUCACUAUUGGAUAAUCAACAAGUGCAGAAGAUCACAGAGAAAGCUCGGCUUCAUAGUUUUGAAUCUAAGGAAAUGGAGCAGGAGGUAGUUAAGCUGAAAAAACAGCUCAGUGAAUUCAUUGAGGAACGAAGAGGAUGGCUUGAAGAAAUUGAACGAAAGCAGGCUGAAACCAUAACAGUUCAAAUUGCUUUGGAAAAACUUCGGCUGCGAGAUCAAUCACACAAAACUGAAAAUGAGGUUCUCAAGAUGGAUAACGCAAAGCAUAAAAAGAAGGUCAUGGAACUUGAAGCAGAAGUAGAUAAACUGUCUGGGCAGCAAAACAUCCAACAACGAAUCCAUCAUCAUGCAAAAAUCAAGGAUGAAAAUCAUAUGCUAAAAAUUCUCAAUGAAGAACUUAGCACUAAGCUUCGACGGACAGAGGUUCAUCUAUCACGUUGCAAGGAAGAGCUUGCUCGCUAUCGUGCUUCUGUUGGGAGAAACCCCUAUGUUGAUUUUGAUGAGGAGCAACGAUUGAGUAACAAAGUGAAGGAAAUUGAGGAAGAGAAGUUGCAGUUAGCACAAAAGUUUUUAGGCCUAUGCACUAGUGUUCUGAAGGCUGCUGGAAUAACAAAACCAAUACCCCAUAUAAAUCUUUCCAUCGCUGAAGAGGCGCUUGAGCAACUCAAGUCCAAAGUUACUUCAUUGGAUAGAGAAUUGCAGGAUCUGAAGGUUAAGAAUAAGAUAACCAGUGAAAGACUGCGACUGUCAGAGUUCAUGCCCCAUGCUUCUCCAGAAAGCUCAAAACCAGACGAGCAUUGCCAUACUCCAAGAAGAAUGUCCCAAGCUCCAUAUUUUUCUGCUCUAGAUCGAUGACUAUACUCAAUGUAAAGAAUCAUAUAUCUUGUUAGUUUUCUGCUAACAAUUAUAAGAAAUAACACAAUUAAAAGAUCUUAUUGGGUAAAUAAAUUCUGCCCAAGCUUCAUUACCUGUAUAUACCUGUUUUGCUGCUGUGUAAAUAUUAACUCCGAGCAUAAGUUAAUGUAUGUGA